UAUCUCUCUUCACUGUAAUGCUGCUACUUUUCUCUGAUGGGCCCUCCUUUUCCUUUCUAUUUUUCUGUUUUCUUGGUUGAUCUUAUCACUGCCCUGACUUUUCUCUGAAUUAUUGACUGAUUAUAAAGAGAAAAUCUCCCAAAUCUACAGGUGAUCAUGAAGAAUUAAUUAUUAGUUGCGAGAUCUUUCUCUAAUCAAACGUGUCUACUUUUGUUUGUCUAAAAGACUUUUUCUUUCUUUUUAAAGUUGAGAUUUGUAUUGCCAUGAAUCUCAAGGAAGUCUCAAAUUUUCAAGCCUUUCUUUAACGAGAAACAAUAAUGCUUCCAAAAAGUUAAAUCAUUUUAAAAAAUAAUUUUGUGGGUUGGUUGCUAUUUAUACUUUUUCAUCAAGGUAAUUGUUUUCUCUUGAUGAUUGGGUUCAUGAUUCGGUAGUUUGCACUUUCCAGAAGUACCAGAAACAGACAAACUGGGUACCCAUUACUGUGAAAAGGUCAAGUGAUAAUAGAAAUAUAUAGGGGAAAAAAAUUUAGGGAGAUAGUGAGAGAUUAGACAGGUCUCUUUACCAUGAAACAUAAUCACAUGCCCAUACAUGAUUUUGCGUGUUCAAUGGAUGCAUCUUUUCGUCUUCUUUUGUAUCCGUUCUUAGUAGUUUAUUCUUAGUGGGUUUAUUUGAAUUGAUGGUAAUACUAAUUACAGGCUACAGUGCACGCUAUUUGUGUUUUUAAGUGCGGUAGCUCUGUGGUAAUUCAGCUCUUCUGUUAAGUAUUAAUGGGCGAAUCAAUGAUGGCUACCUCAAACGAUGAAGAUAAGAUGGGGGAGACGAGAGCUUCAGAUCGUGGUCUUGAAGUGUCUGUUUCAUUUGGUAGAUUUGAAAAUGAUACAUUGUCUUGGGAAAAAUGGUCAUCUUUCUCACAGAAUAAGUAUAUGGAGGAAGUUGAAAAGUGUGCCACACCUGGAUCUGUAGCUAAGAAAAAAGCUUACUUUGAAGCCCAUUACAGAAAGAUUGCAGCUAGAAAGGCUGAGCAGUUGGGUCAGGAGAAGCAAAUGGAACACGAGUGUUUAAGUUUAAAUGAUCAAAAUGGAGGAGAUCCAAAUGGAAAAUCUUGUGGGGUAGAUUCUGAAUUUUAUGGAUCCAAUAUCCAAAUUUCUGUUGAAGAGAAUAGGCAAGAAAUCAAAUUGGACAGUGAGUUGGGUACUGACCAUGUUGAUAAGCCUUAUGAAGUUGCAACUAACAUAGAAGGUCAAGGCUCAUCAGUUGAAAGAGUUGAAGAAGAACUGGGUUGCAGACUGGAUGGUCCCACACUGAACAAGCCAGAAGAAGCUGUUUUAGGGAAAGAAUGGGAAACUUCGUCCAUGGAGGCUCAGGAAAUGAAGGAAUUGCCGAAGAACUUGGAUGAAGAAACGAAAAGCAUUCCCUUAAUUAAAGAGGAAAACGUGAAGUUAGAUCAUCGAAAGGAGUCUCGAAAGAUGUCUCCGAUGAGUAAGAUAAGAGAAGUGACAAGGAUAAAGAAGAAACCAGCAUCACCUGUAGCUAAAUCACCCAAAAUUUCCACUCCGAAGGUCCCAAAGACAGUGCCAACUUCCAGCACAUCUGCCACAUCACGUCCCUCAGCAAAGAAAGUCACUGGUUCAUCCUUAUCAAAGAGCAAAAAUCCUCCUGUUGGACAAAGCAAGAGAAUAGCUCCUAAAUCCUUGCACAUGUCUAUUAGUCUAGAUACGCCAACUUCUAAUUCAGCUGCUUCCACGUCAGCUCCUUUGGCAACCACUAGAAAGUCAUUUAUUAUGGAGAGAAUGAAGGAUAAGGACAUUGUCAAACGGGCAUUUAAGACAUUCCAGAAUAAUUUCAACCAGUUGAAAGCUUCUGCUGAAGAGAGAGCUUUGGAAGCAAAGCAGGUGCCUGCAAAGGGAACAGAGGUUAAGGUUUCUAGUUCUACGACUCCACGAAAAGAGAAUGCAGGGUCAUACAAAGCAGUUAGUAUGGAUAAAAUAACAGCUAAGGCUGCCCCAUCUUCCUUUGGCUUGAAAAGCGAUGAAACGGUAGAGAAAAAGAAAGAGUUUUCUAAGAAAUUGGGAGAGAAAUCAAAUGCUAAAGAGGCCGAGAGCACACGCCUUCAAGCAAAAUCAAAGGAAGAAAAAGAUACAGCUACUAGAAAGCUAAGACGACAGAGCCUUAAUUUCAAAGCCACACCCAUGCCGAGUUUUUAUCGAGGACAAAAAGUAUCAAAAAGCCCUUUAGACAAGGAGGGUUCCAAGACACUUGGGAUUUAGAGACAUGCAUCAUAACAUAGAAGAGCUACUUCAGUAUACUGCUUCGGGAGCUGCAUCCAUGCGCAAGGACAACAUAUAUGGAGGAACCACUUUCUAGUCAGCAUCUCUUCCAUUAUUGUGUAAUUUGGCAGUGAAAAAUGCUAUUGAUUAGUCACUUUCUGUAUAUUUUUAGUUGCUAAAAGAGAAAAACUAGAUAGUAUAGAUCAUACAGUCUUGAUAGGGCAUGUUAAUAAUCUAUCAGGAGAAUGGAGAAUUGGGAGUUUGCAACUACUUCCCUCUCAUCCAUACCUGUAGGACACAUAUAUUGGUGAAAUUUUUACUGUGGGAUGAAAUUGUCAAAUCCAUAGAAAUAAUUGAUUGCAAGUGCAGUGAUUUUUACGGGUUCUGUUAA